CCUGGCACGGUGCCUGACAGGUGGAAAGUCAGGAAUUUGUUUUCAAGGAACAAAGUAUUCAAAAACCAAGGCACCCGGGAAGGUUUAGUGUCAAGAUAUUCUAUCUUGACUUUCUCAACUUCUACCUACAUGGACUGAAGGUUCAGUCUUCGCCGCCUCCUCCAUAGAAAGAUUCUCCACUCCACAAAGCAAAAACAAUGACCCAGUUUCCUUCCUUUGUUGCAAAAGAGGGAGAAAGGACAGAGACAGGGCUGGAAACAAAGCAGCCUCUCUUAAGUGGAUGAGCAGUGAGCUCGUCCUACUCCUCCAAGGGUCUUGCUGGUACUGUUAGUUGCCCCCGCCCCUGCCCUGACCCGCCCUAAAGCUCAAACUUGCAAACAAAUUGCCAGCAAGAGCGCCGAAGGAGCAACUCUGCAUCUCCGCGAUGGGCUCCGGGACUAUGGUCACUGCACAGAGAGAAUUUUCUGGAGGCCCCAUGGAGUCGCCAGCAGAGCUCGACUGUGGCCCUCAACCCUUCGUCUCGGGGGCUGUCCAGGAGGAAUCUCCGGCUGCCAACCCGCUCCUGGAGGACCUGCGGCGGCGGCUGAUGCGCGCCUUGCAGCGCACCAUGGCGCGCUGGGGCUCGCGGCGUGCGCGGGAGGCUGCCGCGGCGGCCGAGGCGGCGGCGGAGGCGGCGGCGCUGGAAGAGCAGAGUCCGGCGCGCGUGGAGAGCGCUCUGGGCCGGCUGCGCGCAGAGCUGCUGGAAAUGUGUUUCCAAAACCAUCAGCUGGCCAGAACUUUACUGGAUUUAAACACGAAAAUGCAGCAGCUGAAAACAGAGCAUGAACUGGAAAUUGCAUCAGAAUCUCAAUCCCUGGAAGAUAAUGCUGUGAAUCAGGAGCAUGAUCUGAACCCAUAACACAGAUAACUCUGAAAUGAUUCUAACAGUAACAUUAUAUGUGCUUGAUAUGAGCUCUGAGGACAAUUUAUAGACCAAAAAUUUGGAUGCCUAGGGAAAACGACAAAAAACAUCUAAGAAAGAGGACAGAGAAAAUGGUGCCUUAAAAUAUUUUGAAAAUAUUUAUUUAUUGUUUGGGCUCUUUUCCACAAGAAGUGUGUGUGUGUGUGUGUGUGUGUGUGUGUAUGGGGCGGGUUAUGGGAAGGAAAGUCACAGAUGCCCAAGCCAAUUUCCAAUCUUCCCUCUUUUUGUUACCUUUCUUUUGGGGCUUUACCUGAACUUGUUUUUGUCUUACUUUAUUAUUUAUUCUUGAUUUGUAGCCCAGUAGCCUGUUCAAUAUAUUGCUCUCCCCUCAUUUUUCGGGAAUUACUUCUGCCUGGAAUCUGACAAGACCUUCUGGUGGUUUGCCACUGAGAAUGUUCCUUCUUCUUGGAUAUUGUCAUCCAGAUCAAGGAAAACAGAACAGAUUGUCCCAGGAUUUUUUUGAACAGGUACAUUCACUGAGUCUGUGUGACAAGGGACACAGAAGCUGCUGUGGUCACCAUGGUAGAAAGCCCAGCCCAGGGGGGUGGUUCGGGGGUUGAAACUGAAUCACUGAGCUCAAAAGGAGAGGGAGGCUGUGGUGUUCCUUGUCUCUGAGGUCAGGCUUGUUAUCCUUUAGAUACAUGAAAUACUCUCAAUUAUACUUGAAAUUAUAUUUGCAAAAUAGAUUUCCUAUGUGUUUCUUCCUUUUCAUAAAAUCUCCUUUUAUGCAAGUUUAUUCAAGUUGUAGUUUUAUGACUGUAUACAAAAAGUUUCCUAACUAAAGCAAUUCUUUCAUUUAGUUUAUAGGAGUUACAAUAGUUCUUAUUGUUGCAUUAGAAUAUCUAACUGUGCCUUAAAAGUACUGUCUUUUUAAUGUAAAAAAAAUAAACAUUAAAAAAUAGUUGUAGGCCUAAUUGAUAUUUAUACUGGUUAUCUAAAAGUAAACAUUAAUUUAUAACAAGCUAUGUAAUUUUAAUGCUUAAUUAAAAUAAAAU